GCGGAGGCUUGCCCCGCGCGGAGGCAGCCGACGGGUCCGCGCGGUUCCCCCGGCGCCCCGGGCGGCCCGUGGGCGGCAGGAAGAGGGGCAGCCCCGCGGCCCCCGGAAGCGGUUGGGCCGGGCGCGGGGGGCGGCGGGCGGCGCGCGCUGGCUGGCUGGCUCGCAGGCGCGUCCCGCUGGCGGCCGCGGGGCGCAGGGCAGAGACGCGGCCCGGCCCGGCCGCCCCGCAGCCCGCGAUGCCCUCGGACUGCCGGCCGCCCUGGCCACGCCGCGGGGCAUGGUGAGCCCGGGGUGGCCGCUCCCCGCGGGGACCCGGCAGGCGGUCUUUCUGCUGCGCUUCAGUCUCCUACUGCUGCUGCUACUGCCGCCGCGGGGCACCGGGGCGCAGAAAGGUGAUGGAUGUGGACACACGAUUUUGGGCCCUGAAAGUGGAACUCUUGCUUCAAUAAAUUACCCCCAGACCUCUCCCAAUAGCACAGUUUGUGAAUGGGAAAUCCGUGUAAAGCCUGGGCAGCGAAUUCAGCUCAAAUUUGGUGACUUUGAUAUUGAUGACUCCGAUUCCUGCCAUUCCAGUUACUUAAGAGUUCACAACGGGAUUGGCCCCACCAGGACAGAGAUAGGAAAAUACUGUGGGUUUGGCUUUCAAAUGGAUGGUUUAAUUACUUCAAAAAGUAAUGAAGUCACAGUGCAGUUCAUGAGUGGAAUGCACACUUCUGGCCGUGGAUUUCUUGCAGCUUAUUCAACCACCGACAAAUCAGACCUUAUUACCUGUUUAGAAAAUGCAAGCCACUUUUCUGAGCCAGAAUUCAAUAAGUAUUGUCCAGCUGGAUGUGUGAUUCCUUUUGCUGAUAUUUCAGGCACUAUUCCCCAUGGAUACAGAGAUUCAUCAUCCCUUUGUAUGGCUGGUAUUCACGCAGGCGUCGUGUCAAAUACGCUGGGUGGCCAAAUUAACGUUGUAAUCAGCAAGGGCAUUCCGUACUAUGAAGGCUCCCUGGCUAACAAUGUCACCUCAAAGGUGGGACCGCUAUCGCCAAGUCUCUUCACGUUCAAGACUAGCGGUUGCUAUGGGACACUGGGGAUGGAAUCUGGGGUAAUCUCUGAUUCCCAGAUCACAGCAUCAUCUAUUCUUGAGUGGUCUGACCAAACAGGACAAGUGAACAUUUGGAAACCUGAAAAUGCCAGACUAAAAAGGGCUGGUCCUCCCUGGGCUGCUCUUAUCAGUGAUGAACAUCAGUGGUUGCAGAUUGACUUGAAUAAAGAAAAAAGAGUAACAGGUAUUAUAACUACUGGAUCAACCUUAGCAGAGUACUACUACUAUGUCUCAUCCUACAGAAUUUUAUACAGUGAUGAUGCACAGAAAUGGAUGGUGUACAGAGAACCUGGCAUGGAUAAAGAUAAGAUAUUUCAAGGGAACACCGAGUUGUACCAGGAAGUUCGGAACAAUUUCAUCCCACCUAUUAUUGCCCGGUUUUUGAGGAUUAACCCCUUGAAAUGGCACCAGAAAAUUGCAAUGAAAGUAGAAUUGCUAGGAUGUCAGUUUAGCAUAGCCCGUGCUCCUAAAAUCACCGUGCCACCACCACCACCUCGGAACAAGAAUGAAGACAGGAGUGAUGACUCCAGUGAUGAUUCAGUGAAGACUUCACUGCAGACAGAUAAAACCACUUUCACACCCGAAAUCAAAAACACCACAGUGACACCAAGUGUAACCAAAGAUGUGGCAUUGGCAGCAGUUCUGGUUCCAGUGCUGGUGAUGGUCUUCACUACUCUGAUUCUUAUCUUAGUUUGUGCCUGGCAUUGGAGAAACCGCAAGAAAAAGACAGAGGGCACUUAUGAUCUACCUUACUGGGAUCGUGCAGGAUGGUGGAAAGGAAUGAAGCAGUUUCUCCCAACCAAAUCAGCAGAACAUGAAGAAACUCCCGUGCGCUACAGCAGCAAUGAGAUUAGUCACCUGAGACCAAGAGAAGUCCCAGCAAUGCUGCAAACAGAGUCUGCAGAGUAUGCCCAGCCAUUGGUAGGGGGGAUUGUCAGCACGCUUCAUCAGAGAUCAACCUUUAAACCAGAGGAAGGAAAAGAAGCAAGUUAUGCUGAUUUGGACCCAUACAAUUCACCCAUACAAGAAGUUUACCAUGCUUAUGCUGAACCACUACCUGUAACUGGACCAGAAUAUGCAACUCCAAUCAUCAUGGACAUGUCCAGCCAUCCCAGCACACCUCUUGGCGUUCCUUCCAUUUCCACUUUCAAAGCUGCAGGGAACCAAGCUCCUCCAGUGGUUGGAACUUACAAUAAACUCUUGUCUAGGACAGACAGCACAUCAUCAGCACAGGCACAGUACGAUACCCCAAAGGGGCAGCCAGGGCCCGCUGCUGCUGAGGAAUUGCUGUACCAGGUACCGCAGAGCCUGGCCCAUUCCACAGGGAGUAAGGAUGAACUCAGCUCAUGAGUAAAGCAGAAUGAUGGCUUGUUUUUAAAAAGCCAGUUCCAUAAAGCUGACAGUUUCUUUGUUUUAAAUUGCAUUGUUUUGAUAUUGUUAGUCUUAAAUAAUAUGAUGUUGAACCAAAAGAUGUGGUAUUGGAGGUCAGGGAAGCCAGUAACUGCCUUUCCUUAAGCUGUGUGCAUGAUUGCAGCUUGUCUCCUGCACAACCGUGGACUUUUUUAUUACUACUGUACAAUCAUCUGUCAGACAUGAGAGAAGAGCUCUUCAAGAUUCAGUAAUUCAUAGAUACAAAUGAUAAAUUCAAAGUUCAUAAAACAAAAGCCCAUAAUUUCUUAACUAAUGGUAUUAUUUCUGGAGGAAAAGAACAACCACAGAGCUCCUAACUUUCUAAGAUCUCUAUGUAAGCACUGCAGCUUCUAAAAUUAACUUCACUCCGUAAAAUGUCUGUGUAACUUUGGACUUUAUAGAGUACUAUCAAUACUGAUAGCAAAAACCCCAUUACCCAUUCCAGUUUUGAUUCUAAAUGACAUCAUUUCAGCUGUUGUUCACAGGAUUAGGAAUCAUCAGCUGUGUGUUCCUCAGAAGGUUCCUGCUACUUUUUUCUUAGCCUUCCAGAACUAGAAUCUGCUGUCUGUACAAUCUGUUCUCUGCCUCAUCUCCUGAAGCCACUCAGUAUCAUUGCUUCCUAGGGAUCCAGGAGGCACAAAGUACAAGGAAACUACAUGGCAACUGCCUUUCAUUUUUCCCUACUAAGUGAAGGCUACUCUAAACAACAUCUGCCUAAAAUUCAGGCUUCCCUGAUGUGCAAGAAGCAUCCAGAUGUUUGAGGCAACUCAAUCCAGAAAUGUUCUCUUUCUCCCCUUGACCUGACACCACUCCACUCCCCCCUCCUGGCAUAUCUAUUGUUGUGUGUUAAGAUGUGAGCUUAUACAAAGAGUGAUGUGUAUAUACUGUUGUGAGUGCUUAAGGAAGCACACAAAUACUGUGAUGGUGCACAGUUUGUGUUAUACAUGCAUUUAGCACAUAUGGUACGUUUUAGCACAACUGAAAAACUUUGGCCUUAGGGCUUUUCUUAUGAUUGUUCUUAUUAGAAGCAUAAAAGAUUCCAAAACCUUUGCAAGAGAACCAGUACUGUUCCAAAGAGUGUCCAUUUUACAAGUGUUUAAUGGACUUUGUAUCCUUUGAAUGUUCCAAGGUUCUCUACUAUGAAAACAUUGUAGUCAGUCUUCUGUUUGGGUAAGGUAGACUAGUUCUAGGUAAUUGUGAAAUGAAAACAAUUUGGAUGUCACAUUUGCCAUUUUUUGUAUUGUUAGAAACAAAGCACAGCUUUUUUAACCUAAGUAGUAAAAAGCCCACAAUAAAAAUGCUUUAUUUUCAUUGUAACAGCACUGUUGGGAGGAUGCUGAAUUAAUUUUUACAUAGGAAACCCACUACCUACACAUUAGCCCAGUUUUAUGGACUUCAGUGCUUACUGGUUGUUUCUGUGAUGUAAUUCCAGUCAGCCUUGUUUAUUGCCCAGGGUCCUUCAACUAGGUGGAGAACAUCCAAAUGCACAACACUGUUCAAGAGGGCUGCCUCUUGAACAUCCUUGAACACCACCACAAAACGGUACCCGAAGUUAUUACUUGAAAUUUGUUUAGCCUUUUCCCCCCUCCACAGGGGCUUUUGUAUAAACUCAGCAGUCCAAAAUCACUUGUGGCCUGUUCAACAUCCUGAAUAUGUUACUACAUAUUCUGUGCUACCCAGAAGCCUUAAUUGUAUGAUUUUUUGGUAAUUCUUAUUGAGAAUUAUUUCUUUACUUCAAUUGUUUAAGAAUUGAGUGGCUAAGCCUAAAUGUGAAUGGAAGUAAGAGAGGCAUAUAUGACCCCCUGAUGAAAAAGAAGUUCCUGCCUCUCUUUAUACUUUUUGAUGUUAUUGCAACAUUUUCUGCUUUGAUAGAGCUAGUCUGCAGUCUUUGAAGUUUUUAAACAGGCAGGUAACUGUUCUUGCCCAUCAGCAGCAACUAUGAAAUUAUUUGAAACGGAUGGGAGGUUAUUUGUUUGCACCAAGACAAGAAAUACUGAUUCCAGCCAAGUUAAACUUCUGCCUUCUCAAACUGUUCCAGUUUAGGCUUAGAAAAAUUAAUCUAGUAUAAAAAUCAAUGAUGUGUUCAAGUCAGUGGUGUAAGAAUUAAUUAAACGGUGUCUUAACAGUGGGUUAUUUUUUCAGCAACUGUACUGCAGUCUCAGAGCAGCAUGAGCAGUUGACUAGAAUGGAUGUUUUUAAGACUAAUUCCCUGCUUCCAAUUUUGAACAUGUUUUCUGCUAGGGCUAAGAAGAGAAUUUGGAAUCUCAGAUGUAUGCUACAAAGGGUUAAACAUUGAUUCCCAAAUGUAAGUUGCAUGAGACAAGAUUAGAACUCCUCUGUGUACAGUACAAGCAGAGGUACAUUUAAUGGGUCUCUCUUACAUGUGAAGAUGUAUGGAUAUAAAAUGUAUUUCAGUCAUGUUUGGCUUGAGUAUUCUCCCAGAAUGUAUGUUCUUACCUCAGCAUGUAUUGUAGUUGCCCAGUAUUUGUAUAUGUUGCUAGAACUUAGACUGUAUAAAUAGCGAGGGGGUUUUAUAUGUAUGUUAAAAGGUAUUUUAAAUAAA